AUGACGACGACGACGACGAUGACAACGAACACGAUCACGAUCACGAUCACGAUGUGGACCACAAUACCGUUGAUGAUGAUUUGCCAGAAGACGAGGAUGAACGAAUCAAACACGAUCAAAGAAAAUGAUUUUCCGGUUAUCAUGAAGCCUCCGUCUUUUUCGUAUCUGACGCCUGGUGGGCACGUGAUGUACCUGCCGGAAAUGAACGAAACGAAACAUCGUGCGCAAAAUUUGAGGGGUAAAAAAGCUGGUGCUACCGAGGAACAGAGCGGCUGUCUCGUUGAAAUUACGCCUUUCCGAUUAAGAACGUCGAAGAAUGCCAAACGAAAUGGCAAUGGUGACGACAAUGAAGAGCGAACUGAACAGGCGAACGAUCGCGAAGAAGAAGAAGAAGACGAGGAGGACGACGAGGAGGAAAGGGAAGAAGAAGCAGAGGAGGACGAUGACGAGCACGAGGACGAAGAAGAGAAUAAAGUUGGCAACGUAUCGAAACGACGAUGCAAAAGUUCGAAAAAUCGCAUCAACGACUCCAGAGACGUUAACCAGUUUUCGACUUGUGCCGAAUCGCGCGAGAAUGUCAGCCAGCCGAAGCAAAGGAGAAUGUUCUCGCCUUCUUCGAACGACGAGCGAGGGCCCGCGAACCCAUGGAAUUCCAAGCAUCCUUCCAGCUUCGAUGCGACCGACGGGGCGAAACCACAACGGAAGAAUAAUUCAAGGAGCAGAAGGUUCACCUUCCAGUCAACAGUCAGACAGAUAGAGAGACGCCGAUUAGCUGAAAAACUAUCGAGGGAAGUUGAAGCGAAGGAACGCCAAAGGAAGGGUGAGCUCGAGGCGAUGCGCAAAGUGGAGGAGGAGUUCCAGCGAAAACGUGCCAAAGAGAAGGCGAAUAUCAGGCAACAGUUGCGUCUUUUCAAAGAAAUGGAGGAGAAUUUCAAUAGUUUGCCGACUACCGACUGGGAUGGUUCGCAGUUGUCCCGCGCUGAUCCGGAUGGUGCACCCUCAUCUACAGCGUCAUCACCGACUUCGUUGCCGAUCGGCAAUUCGUCCACGAUCACGCCCAGCAAACGUGACUCGGAUUCCACGAAACAGCCUCGCGCCGAGCGGAAAGGGUAUCGGCCGAAGUAUUACGAUUGGUCACCGGAAACUUCCAAUCAUUUGGACAAUCACAGACAAACCACCGUUCAUCCAAAGGUCGUUUGCGACAUUCCGAAAAGUUCGCCAGUUUUCGUCGACGCGAACGUUCAUCCUAACAAGCCACCGGUUACGAAAGAUUUCGCGCACGGUACUGUGGCAACCAAAACUUCUUUCGCGAGUAGCGACAGCGAACUCUCGCAACCGAACACCAGGCCACAUUCCAGGCAGAAUGGAAUCAAGAGCAAACCUCUUCGACCUAGAACGAAGACAAACAGCGAACGAACGUUGAGCAGGUCCGGUAGUCCAGUGCGAAGCGUGGGCGCAGCAACAUCCGAGGAAGAUUUGUCGCUACCGGUAGAACCAACGAAACGUCCAAGGAAUCCCACCCACGAUUUUAUACUAAGCGGAGUACAACCGUUUACGAAACAGAAAACAUAUAGGCCGAUUUCUUUCAAUCCUCAUUCACCUCCACUCAUUCCCAAUAAUUUUAUCGAUGAUUUGGAACAAUAAUCGUCUUGGCGCUGCUUAUUACAAUGUCCUCACGUCUGAAUUAUUCAUUUUGGAAGAUACGAUGGAUGACGUCGAACAUUUCGACGUAACGAAAGCUCUGUACAAGCAAUGCUUGCCGCAUUACGUGCUUGUGAAUGCCUCUGCGCCCAGUGCUUUUAUGAAUGCUGUGAAAAAGAUGUUAAUGCCGGAAACGUCGGACGACGGGUCGAAUUCUUGCGAUUCACUGCGCAAUGCCGUUUUGAAAGCAACCUGCAAGAAAGAGUACAACUACGAACGAUGCUGUCACAGGGUGAAAUGCCUUCGACUCGAAUUUGAACCAAAGAACGCCAGUAACACGGACAGGCUGACCUUUUUGAACAGCAUACUCAAUUUUAAGUGCUGUGUGAUGAUACACGCGUUGGGCUCGCUGUUGCUGUUCGUCGACAAACACUGGAAUAAUAUCGCGCUGGAUCCAUCCGGGAAACCUUCCUUCGUGUCGCUUAAUUACCUGAACCUCCAAGAUUUAGUGAUGGUGGACGAAGAUACCUACAAAGCGCUGAAUAUCGUUCAAGCCAGGGAUCAUCCAAGUCUUUUUAAAUUUGGCAAAAUGGUCACAACGAUGAAAGGAGUCAGCCUAUUCUCGCUACUGAAUCGUUAUUGUCAUUCCAGACCGGGGGUACAGUUUCUAUGGAAAACGCUGCAUCAUCCGACGCGAAACAUUGCAUUACUAGAACAACGAUUAAACGCGAUUGAAUUUUUCCUGAAUUCGAGUAACGAAAGCGUAAUCGAAAAUUUAUCGUCCUGCUUAAGACACGUAUAUCGUUUGACCAAUACGGUACUCGCUUGUUGUUCCGGGCCAGAUGCGAAACCAUCCAAUUGGUAUAAAUUGCACAAGACUAUUUCAAAUGUAAUUUGUAUCGCGGACAUAUGCGAAGAAUACGCGGGAAACAUAGAAUUAUUCAAGCAAAUAGCCGAAAGCAUAACGACCGAAAUGCAAUACAUCAAAUACUUUAUCGAAUAUAUAGUGGAUUUUAAUGAGAGCAGACGGGAAAAGAAGCUUGUGGUUAAAGCGAACGUGGAUCCAUUGCUGGAUGAACUAAAUCACGUGCGACGCACUUUGCCCGAACUGCUAACGCAAAUGGCAGAGAAAGAUAUGCGAGAGCAUCUUCCGUCUUGCGUUGCUGGUUGCAACAUGCUAUAUUUGCCAAACAUUGGCUACGUAUUAGCGAUAAACAAAUGGAAUCCGACUCCACCAACGGAAGACGUAAUUUUCCCGAAUUUAGAAUUUAAAUUCAGUAUCAAUCAAGUCCAUUACUAUAAAAGUUCAUCGGCGAAAGAAUUAGACGAAACUGUGGGCGACAUCAUAUUGAAGAUAGCUGUUCGACAAAAUCAUAUUGUACAGAAAUUAAUACGAUACAUGAAAAAGCACACAGGAACAAUCUUACGCACGAUUCGGCUCUGCGCCGAAUUGGACACCUUGCUGGUAUUUUAUAAAGUGGCGCGAGAUUACAAUUACAUCAGACCGAAUAUAACCCAAUCAAAGAUCAUAGACGUGAUUGAAGGACGACAUCCACUGAUGGAAUGUGUGACAACGUUCGUUUCGAACGAUAUACGUUCAGGAAAUGGCGAAAGCUUGAUCAAAGUUCUAACAGGGCCAAAUUCUUGCGGCAAAAGCGUAUAUUUGAAACAGAUUGGACUUAUAGUAUUCAUGGCUCACAUAGGUUGUUACGUUCCUGCAAAAACAGCGACGAUAGGAACGGUAUCUCGGAUAUUAACUCAAAUGUCGAACACGGAAAGCAUCGGUCUGAACGCGAGUUCGUUUCUACAGAAUCUUCGGCAGAUAAACGUAGCUCUACGCGCAUCCGUGCCAGAUUCUAUCGUAAUAUCGGAUGAAUUGGAUAGGGGAACAUGCGAAAUUAGUGGAUUGUCGCUAGUCGCUGCCGUUCUGAACACAUUCGCUGAAAGAGGCUCGAACUGUCCUCACGUGUUUCUUGCGACGCACGCUUAUAGCGUACUCACGUUACUCCCUCAAAUUCCUCUAAUUGAAAUUCAGACAUUCGAAUACGCGUUCGACCAAGAUGAAUCACUGGCGUUUUUCUAUCGAUUGACAAACGGAAGUACAACACGUAGUUUCGCACAUUACGUAGCGAGAAUCGCGGAAUUGGACGAAGAUGUGGUUAAACGAGGAUUGGAGGUAAUAAUUAGAUUAUUAGUAUACAAAACGUUCGGUAACGUACUUGUAAUUCGGUCGAUUAUAGAUAUUUCAGAAGAUGAAACAACAUGAAUUACCAUCUAGUAUUUAUUCUCAUGUCAACAGGUAAACUAAUUCUUGUGCAUAAAUCGUAAAAUUUUCAACGACAGAACGCGAAGAAUUGCAUUCGAAAUAUUUUGCUUUUUUCAGAAUGAAACGUAUUGCAGAUCGAUUUGAAACAGGCGACAAUGUGGAUUUAAAGGAAUUAAAGACAUUAGUUCGACAGGCUGUGUUCCCGGAAUAA